AUGGCAGCAAGCGCAGAGAUACAGCCCCAACCACAACCACAACCACUGUCACAAUUACACCCACCUCACGAUGCCAGAGACGCCGAGAAGGCCGUGCCCUCGCAGCCCGAUUUGCGGGGAAGUGAUAGCAAUAUAUUUGGACAUGACCGCCAAGUAGAACGUUGGAACUAUCCUCGUUCGAACGUUGUCAAGACGGUCGCAACCUUCUGGGCGUUUCUGGUAAUGGGCGCGAAUGAUGCAGCAUAUGGCCCUCUUCUCCCAUAUCUCGAAGAAUACUACAACCUCUCCUACACGACGGUAUCUCUCGUAUUUCUCUCCCCAAUAGGCGGGUACACACUAGCGGCCGUCACAAACAACACACUCCACCGGCAUCUUGGCCAGCGCGGCAUCGCAUGGCUCUCACCAGGCUGCCACCUGCUCGCUUACAUUGUCAACUGCGUGCAUCCUCCAUACCCCGUCCUCGUGGUCUCAUUCAUAUUCGCUGGACUGGGGAAUGGACUGGCAGAUUCGGCCUGGAACGCCUGGCUAGGGAACAUGGCGGACUCGAACCAAAUAUUAGGGCUCCUGCAUGGACUCUAUGGACUCGGCGCGGUGAUGGCGCCGCUUGUUGCGACGAGUCUGAUUACCGAGGCCGGUGUGGGCUGGUUUUAUUUUUAUUAUAUCAUGGUGAGCAAUGCUAUCAGAAUGUCUAUCGACGAGCGCACUGAUGGAUACUGCCAGGUUGCAUGCGCCGCUAUCGAGUUAGCCUCCUGCCUCUGGGCCUUCUGGGAUUCGGACGCCGCCGCCUUUAGAGCAGAAACCGAACGUUCCCAAUCGGUCGAAACAUCAGACGAACAAGGCGGCGUGCGGCGCGCACUCUUUGUCCCCAAAUACGCAAGGGUAACCUGGCUCCUUUCAUUCUUCCUUCUCGGGUACGUCGGCGCCGAAGUCGCGAUUGGCGGAUGGGUGGUCACUUUUCUCAUGCGCGUGCGAGACGGCGCAGAGUUCGCGAGCGGGAUGGGCUCAACGGGGUACUGGCUCGGGAUCACAGUCGGCCGCGUCGUCCUGGGGUUCGUAACGCCCAGGAUUGGCGAGAAAUUCGGCAUCGCCAUAUACUUAGUCAUCUCUAUCGCCUUCGCGCUGGUCUUCUACCUCGUACCGAACUUUUACGCCUCGAUUAUCGCCGUCUCCUUCCAAGGGUUCUGGCUGGGCCCGAUGUUUCCUGGUGCGGUCGUGGUGGCUACGCGUCUCCUGCCUCGUGCGCUGCACGUUAGUGCAAUUGGCUUUGCUGCGGCGUUUGGGGCCAGCGGUGCUGCCGUUCUGCCCUUCGCUGUUGGCGCCGUCGCGCAAGCGAAAGGGGUCGAGGUGCUUCCGCCAUUUGCAAUUGCCUUGUCUGGGGGCAUUCUGCUGCUCUGGUGUGCGCUGCCGAGAAUGGGCAAGCGGUAG